AUGGCAGACGCUUUCCGUUCAUCCAUACCUAAUCCAACAUUUAAUGGAGACAACUAUGACUUUUGGUCCAUCAAGAUGAAGACCUACUUUUGUGCGCAAAAUUUAUGGGAUGUCGUCAAUGAUGGGUAUAUUAACCCAGAUGACAUUUCCACUCUAUCUACCGCACAAAAGAAGGAAAUUAAAGAGAAUCAACAAAAAGAUUCUCUAGCACUACUUGCUCUACAAAUGAGCUUGACGGGCACUUAUUUUACAAGAAUCAUGGGAGCCAAAACUGCAAAAGAAGCUUGGGAUAAAUUGAAGGAGGAGUUUCACAACAGCGACGAGGUACAUACUUAUCGUCUUCAAACUUUAAGAAGGAAUUUUGAAAAUUUAAAAAUGAAAUAUUUUGAAACCACGAAAGAUUAUUAUUCAAGACUAAAUGAAAUAGUAAAACAAUUAAUAACUUAUGGAGAAGAUGUUCCUCAAAAGAAAGUCGUUGAAAAUUUUUUAAUUACUUGCACAGAAAAAUAUGAUCCAAUUAUUGCAACUAUUGAGGAUUCAAAAGAUAUAGAUAAGUUAACAGCUGCAGAAUUAAUGGGUUCACUAGAAGUACAUGAAAAAAGAUUAGAAAGGCGUUAUGAGAUUCACACGAAAAACGUCAGUCAAAAAGUGGGAGAACAGAUGCUUUCCAAUCCAAUGGAGAUAUACAACAAUGCCGAAAUGAUGGCACAAGUAGAUGAGUCAUGGCAGUGGCACAAAAGAUUUGGACAUUUCCACUUCCACGAAUUGAAGAUCCUACAGCAAACGAGCAUGAUGAGAGACUUACCAGUCAUUAAAGAAAUAGAUGCAUUUCGCGAACGAUGUUUGCUUGGGAAACAAUACCGCCAACCAUUUUCGUCCAAAAAAUCUUGGAGAGCUAAAAAGCCAUUAGAGCUGACACAUAUAGAAAUAUGCAGUCCAAUACGUACUCCAUCACACGAGCAAAAUAGAUACUUCAUUUUCUUCAUUGAUGACUACAGUAGAAUGACAUGGGUAUAUAUCUUACGUGAAAAUCCUAAAAGUGAUAGAGGCAAAGAAUAUGCAUCAAAUGAAUUCAACAAGUUUUGUGAAGAUGAAGGACUGGAGCAUCAACUCACAGUUGGAUACGCGCUUGAACAAAAUGGCGUGUCAAAAAGAAAGAAUGGGACAAUGAUUGAGAUAGUUAGAGCUAUGCUAAUGGAGAAAAGCCUUCCAAAAACUUUCUGGGCAGAAGCAUUUGAUGAAGAUGUCACCUAUAACUGGGAGACUGGUCAAGUCGAGAAAAAAACUAUCAGCAUCCUUACACAACCACAAAACCAAGAGGGUGAUGUUGAUGAGAAUAAUCAACCAGAGUCCCCACAGCAAGCAACAAUAGAAAAACCAGUUGACUCACCAGAAUUGUCACCAAGAAAGACACGAAGAUUAUUAAAAUAUAUCAAAGCUACAACUUGA